AUGGCUACCCGCGUAAAAUAUACACAAUUAGUCUCCUCAUUCAUAGUUUUGCUGUCUGUGUGCGGCGUUUUCUUUGCUAAAAAAAGUGAUGUAGAACUAGGAACUCGGGAAAGCGUCGGACUUGAAAUAAAAUGCGGUGAAGUGGAGGUGACAAUAACCGUAAAGCGACGGUUUUUUGAGGAGAAACGUGUUCCUUUCAAACCUGAGAAUCUUCGACUUGGAGCAAACUUAACGCAGCAGAGGUCCUGCGAAGCAAAGGGACCGCUGUCUGACUCUGACGUGGUCAUCUCUGCAGGGCUGCAAGAAUGUGGGACUGAGUCCAGUGUUCAUGGUGAGUGGCUUGUGUAUUCCAACCAGCUGGUACUGAUUCGUGCUGUGGUUCCCACCUCUGCAAGCAGUGUGAUAGUUAGAGGGGUGACUACUGUCAUCAUACCUGUUGAGUGCCAUUAUAAGAGAAAGCAGACAGUGAAUGGAGAACCGCUAACCCCAACCUGGCAACCCAUGACAUCCACUGUCAGUGCUUUUGGCCUCCUGCGCUUCUCCCUUCGCACCAUGGCAGAUGACUGUAGCGCUCUGCGUAGUUCCUCGGUGUAUCAGCAGGGGGAAGCAGUGUUUUUGGAGGCCAGCGUGGAGGCCCCUCUGCACCCUCCUCUUGCUCUGUUUGUCGACCACUGUGUCGCUACGCUGAAACCGGACCCUCUCUCCCUGCCCGGCUACAAGUUUAUCAGCAAGCAUGGAUGUCUAAUGGACAGUGUAUUGCCGGGGUCUUCAUCUAAAUUCCUCUCAAGGAAGCAAGACAACAGACUGUGCUUCAGUGUCCAAGCCUUCCACUUCAACCAGGAGUCUUGGGAGCAGAUGUUCAUCAGCUGCCACAUGAGGGCCACUCUGAAACCAAACUCUCACAGCCACCUUGAUAAAGCCUGCUCCUUCCAUAGACCCACAUUCAGCUGGAGAGCCACAGAGGGAGACAAUGCUCUGUGUGGAUGCUGUGACUCUGAUGACUGCUUUGCACAGACCGGAGAGGAGAACAGUGGCCCCACUGAACACACAACUCAACUAGAUACAGAAAAGGAGCAUGAGGCGGACACAACAGUUGGGCCACUUCACACCCUGCCACGCUCCCAUUGGACAGGCCGCCUGUCAGUCACUAAAGAGCCCUUUUCCAACUCUACAAUUAUGACUGUGACCAACGCCAGGGGAGUUAGGGGACAAUAAAGAAUCCAUGUCAUCAUGAGGGUUGACAUUUAGGAUUCUUGGUUCUACUGAUUGGAGGCACCUACAAAAGCCAUUUGAAGCUCCUAAAAGUUAUUUUUCAUAACUUUGAAGCCAUGGAGGCCUGUUGCAGCAUUAUUUUACUAUAACCAUCACAAAAAGCUCCACACACACCACUGCCGGCUACAAACAGAACAUGUUGGCAGAAGAAAUGAGUGUGCCAUAAUGUAAACUGAGUAAUAGACUUGAAUACAUUUAUGUAAGGAGGAGAGGUUUUUUCCUCUGUGUCACAGAUGUGUUCAUUAUUUCCGACAGAUGAAUACUAAAGGAUGCUGCCUAAUUUUGUUUCUGUAAACUUCAGUAAUUCCAACAACAACAUUGUGCCGCAGAUCGUCUGACGUCUGUGUGAGCAUGUAGUACAACACUUCCAUGCUGCAUGCCGGCGCAGUACUGUUCCUGUUUUGACUGAGGACGCUCCUAAACCACAACUCAGUCGUGCCUACUUCGAGGAAGUUGUAUCUGACACCAGGAGAAACAAACGGAACAACACAGACCAAUCUCCACCCUGAUGGUGUCAUUUUUGUGCAUUGUACA